GGAAAAUAUUAUUACAUCUUGUGAAUGAUUUGAUUCCAUCAUUAACAAUAUCAUCAUUUCAAUGAUCCAUAUUGGGAUCUUUGCAUAGAUCUUAUAAUAAUCCUCAUAAAGUAAUCAUAUAAAGAAAACAAAAAGAGCGAGGGAAAGUCAAAAUAUUAACGGAUACAUUCGGAAUACAAUACAUGCUAUUAUGUUUAUUCAUUAAUCAUUUUAAAAAAAAAGAUAAAAUCAUAUUAAAAACUAAUAUAAUGAAAGAAUAAUAUUCACAUUUAAUAAAUGAAUUGGAAUAAGAUCAAAGAAGUAUUUUACGACUGUUAACAUUCAUUAAUCGUCUUUUGUACAACACCACCACCGCCACCACCACCACCACCAUAACAACAACAAUAAACAAAACAAAUCGAUCAUUAUCCAUAAAUAAAAUUUCAACAACAACAAAAAAAUAUAAUGACCGAUCUAAAUGAUACAAUCCAUUUAAAUUGUACUAUGCGUUAUUUAUUAAAUGAAUCCAAUAUUGAUCCAAUUUCAAUUUAUGAUCGUUAUCCACAAUGUGAAUUACAAAGAAAAUUUAUGCCAAUUUUUUUAUAUAUUGUAAGAAUAUUUAUGUUAAUCUGGUUAAUUAGUGGUAUUUUCGGUAAUUCUUUAUCAUUUUUAAUAUGGAUCUCGAAACAGCAAAGACGUAAGAAUAGUUCAGCUAUUUAUUUAGCUACAUUAUCUAUCACUGAUCUUAUACUUAUAUUAUUAUUAUUAAAUUAUGAUUUAGAACGUUAUUGGUGUAUACGCGGUGUGAUUAUAACACCGGGUAUAUGUCAAUUAUUUCAAUGUUUAUUUAUAUUUACACAAUAUUAUUCCAUUGUAUUAGUAUUUGGUUUUACAUUAGAACGUUAUUUAGCUGUAUGUUUCCCAUUUAAACGGCAUAAAUUAUGUACAACUAAAAGAGCUAUAUUAGCUGUAUUCAUUUUAUCUUUAUUUAUUAUUGGACCAACAUUAUCACAGGCUAUAUUAUGGACAUAUGAUAAUGGUGAAUGUCGUAUGCGUAUUAAUGUAGCUAUGGAUGAAAAAUUUCAAACAUUAUUAUUUGUACAAGAAGUAUUAUUUUCAUUAGUUAUACCAUUAGCUACAUUAAUAUUUAAUAUAUUAGUAUUAUGUGAAAUGAGAAGAUUAAUUAAAUCAAGUCAUUUAUUAAAAAUUUCAAAGCAUCAAUCAAUGAAUUCAUCAACUAUAAAUACUACUCAUAAUGAAAAGAGUAGAUUUACAUAUAAACGAUUCUUUAAACGAAGAAAAUUUAGUAAUAAUAAUCAUACUACUCAUAAUUUAAUAAGUAACACUACGAAUACUGCUGAUGGUUUAAAUGAUAAUAAACGUGAUGGAUCAUUAGGAGAUGAUGGUACACCAAAAUUUAGUCCAAUUAAAACAAUACAAAUGAAUACAACACAAGAUCAUUUAACUAAAGAAUCAACUCAAUUUAUAUCGGCUACAUUAAUGUUAAUUAUAUUAUCAUUUUAUUUAAUUGCAUGUACAGUACCAACUGGUAUUAUGUAUUUAAUACAAUUUCAUUGGUUACAACCAGAUGAUUGUUUAACAGAUCAAGCUAUUCAUCAAUCAAAUGAAUGGACAAUAUUUUUUCAACGGAUAACAACUAAAGGUUUAAUUGAUGCAUUUUGUGCAUCACAUUAUGCAUGUAAUUUUUUUAUUUAUUUUCUUACAUGUAAUAAAUUUAAAAAACAAGUUAUCAAUAUUAUUAAAUGUAAAUUUAAUUAUAUUAAUUAUUAUUAUUCUGAUUAUGAUGGUACAGAUAUAUUGAUUUUAUCAAGACGUACAGCACCAAGAUCAUUACGUCAUUUAUCAGAGAAUGAUUUAUCCAUAGAAACAAAUCAUAAGCCAUUAUUGAUUUAUAAUAAUAAUACUAAUACUAAUACUACUAAUAAUAAUAAUUCGAGUUAAUGAAUAACACGUCACGUGAGUUCUUCAUGAUUUCAGAAACUACUCAUCAUUUUAUCAGUAGUAUGAUUACACAAUUUAAUAUCGGUGAAAUUGUACACGUAUAUUAGCUUGAAUAUAAUUGUUCUCCUUGUUUUUUUUUAAAAAUGUAUUCAUCAUUUCUUUGUUUUGUUCUUGCCAGUACUUUUAUUCAUAUCUUCAUGUGAAUGUACCAGUGUUUGUUCGAAAAAAAUACAAAAACACACACACACACAAUAUAAAAUGCAAUAGUUAACUAUGUUCUCCCUCUUUGUUUUUGUUUUGUUCUUUCUCUUGUAUAUCAGUCAUUCAAAAGAUCUUUUAUGUUUCGUUUUGUUGUGAUUUUAUUAUUAAAUAUUGUUAUUACUAGAUAAAUAAAUGGUUAUAUUAUUUCA